AUGACAUGGAAAGUGCCAACUAAGCUAUCAUGGAACUUCAAGAAGGCUGACUGGUCAAGAUUCACAAACCUUUUAAACAAUGAACUUCACACAAGUCCCCUCAACUUUAUCCAACAUCUUGACAAACUUUGCACUGAUAUCACGAAUAUCAUGAUCAGGUGUGCAAAUAAAACUAAUCUCCGAGGCAAGACAAAACACUAUCGAGUGUUUUGGUCUAAGCACCUUGAGAAACAGAAAAGAAAGAUGGACGCCCUUCGCAACACUGCUGAUCAGACUGGAAGAACGUCUGAUCAGACUGGAAGAACGGAAGACGUACAAGCCUGGAGACAGCUGUCUUAA